AUGCACGAAGCACCUGAGGAACUUCAGGAAGCAGAUCUUGCUGAAGAAACUCCAGAAAUGAUCUCUGUGAUUCUAACAUCUCCAAGGUCUCCAGAAAAGGUUCAAGUAGUGACUGAAGUGCGAAAAGAGCCAGAGGUAGUCACAGAAAGGCCAAAAGAAGAAACUCCAGAAAAGUAUCUAACUCCAGUUGAGAUGCCUGAUGAAAAACAAAAGGAGUCUUCAGACAAACGUGCAACAGUGGAAGAUGUUCCCGAAAUAAAGCAGGAAGAAACUGUAGAACAUGUAACGCAUGUUACAGUUGUAGAGGAUUCUGAUGCAGAAAAGGCACCAGCUAAAGAUCAGUUUGCAAAAGAAGUUGAAAUAGUGGAGGAGAUCCCUAGCAUUCCAGAGUACACAAAGAAAGAACUUGAGCAGGAAGGAGAGACUACCACAAAACUUGAGCCAGAAGAAGAGGAGGAAACUUACUAUGAGCCACAGGCAGACAGUAUUAGGGAAAGGACACCAUUAUCCCUGUAUACUACUCACGUGAACAACCAAUUUGUAACUAGUAUAGAUCUAGACUCCAGGCCUGUUGUUGAGGGCGUACAUCCAAAGGAUGACUCACAGGGUAUUCGGGAUGAACUGAUUGAUGAACACACAGCUGGGCCACCAGCAGAGCCGCCUAGUGUGCCAUCUGCACCAGUUGAGCCUGUUGAAGAGCUAACAGCUGGUGCUCCCGAUACAAAAGACGAUCUUAGCUUAGUUUCUGUUGAAACAGAAAAAUCUUUAGUAAAAUAUCCAACUACAGAAUUAGAAGUUAUGGAAGAAUGGUACACAAUUUAUGAGUUACUUAAGCGAAAACAGAAAUUGAGGGAGGAGUCUGCGGCAAUAGUGGCCCCUUCUGCUCAGCUUUUAUUACCUUCUUCGAAGCAGCCUUCAGGUGAUGAACAAAACACUCGUGUAGAUGAAAAUAUUGUCUUGCUGCAGGAUGCCAUAAAGAAGAAGGAUGUGGUGGUGGUGCAGAAGGUCAUUAUUACCAUUGUGGAAACGGUCACUACCUGGCUCGAGACUAUUGAGUACCGUAUAUACGUCAUCAGAAACACUGAGGACGUCCAUGAACGGGCUCAGCAGUAUGAGCACCUUCGAAACGAACUUCACAUUGUCGAGGAGAAGUUAACUAUCUUAGAGGAUGUGACUCAAUCUGCUGUGGAGAUCCUGAGUGAAGAGACCAUUGUAACCAUCCGAGAGACAGUUCGAUACCUCCGGCAACAGGUUAGUCAUGUUGAAAAAGUUCGUCAGGCAGAAGAGAAAGAACUAACACAGGACGAGGAAAGCUAUGCCCAGUACCUGACUGCAGUUGAUGAUGCGGAGAAGGAAGUGUCAGAUCUUAAAUCACAGCUUGCUGUUAUCCAGGACACUCAGAUGCAGCCGGAGGAGAAAGUCGCCAAGCUUGAGACGAUUCUGACAAGUAAUGAGGAAAUGAGAGACCGCAUAACCGAGUUGUUGCUCAAUUCACAUGACUUGAGACGAACGCCUGGAAGGCAAGUUGGUACUGAGCUGGCUACCAUCCAGACUGAGCUGUGCGACAUCCACGACAGUGUUGAAAAAGAGUUGGACCGCCUCCUGCGUCUCACCACAACCACCACCGAGUAUGAGGAGACGCUUAUGGAACUCACACAUCUCAUUGAGAUGGCUGAGAGCAUCCUGGAGGCUCGGGUGGUCGCUCGAGACCUCGACCACCUCACAGACACCAUUGCCAAGCACAAGAAGCUCUUCCUGUCCUUACGCCAGUGCCAGAAGGUGCUGGAAUCGCUGGACACGUGCCUGGAACCCAGCUCGCGCGUGCACUACCAGCAAUUGUACUCUCGCUCUUACCUGAGGGCCUCAGUGCUCCUCGACAAGGCCACGCAACGGAACCAUCAGCUCUCCCUGCUUAGAGGCGGAGUGGCUACGUCUCCUGAGUCAGCUGACGGAUGA